UGAAUGAAAUCAAAUUAAAACGUCAAAAUAAGUUUGAGGUUAUUUAUUGUGCAGUAGGAAAUGUGUUAAUAUUUUCAAUUUAACGAAAAUGGAUAUCGUAAAUGAAAUACUGCAAAAAGAACACAAGAAGUCUGAGAAGUAUAAACCUAUAACAGUAGAGAAGCAUUUGGAUGUCGAACUUGAUUUAGGCACACUACUCGCAUCAGAUACCAACGAUUUGGACGUAAAAUUACUGCAGUCUAAGAAAGACUCGUAUUUAGAGUCGUUAACUCGUGAUAACACACAGUUACUGCUGAACAAAAUAUGGGAGCUGCCCACUGAGCGAGUUGACGAAGCUAUCGUGGUCCGCCUGCCUGAGCCCAAGACUGUGCUGCCAAGAGCUAAGCCUUGUCCCAAGCCCAAGCCACUGACUAAAUGGCAAGAAUUCGCUAAAGCUAAGGGCAUCACUAAGAAGAAGAAGGAUAAAUUGCAAUGGGAUGAACAGCUACAGAAAUGGGUGCCAUUAUAUGGUUUCAAGAAGGCAGCCGCAGAGAAAGAGAAGAAUUGGCUGAUAGAAGUACCACAGAACCUGGACCCCAUGACUGACAUGUUUGAGAAGAAAGCCAGUGAGAAGUCAGAGAAAGUGGCCAAGAAUGAGUUGCAGAGGCUCAAGAAUAUUGCUAGGGCAAGGAAGGUCAAGAUACCUAGGGUUGGCUUGCCUGUCACAUCUGAUAAAGCUUCAGCUAACCAGUUGGACACUGCAGCAACCAUAGCCAAGGCCUCCACAGCAUCACUCGGCAAGUUCCAAGACAAACUGCCCAAAGAGAAGGAGGCCAGAGGCAAAGGCAUUCAUGAACUUAUUCCAGGCAAAGAAAGGAAGCGCAAACUGCCUAUACCAACCCCAGCACAAGAGAGGGAGAAUAAUUUAAAUAUGCUUGAUAACAUUUUGAAUAAGAGACCUAAAAUUGAUAUGGAGAAAGCGGUAGCUAAGCACAUACAUGAGGAACAAGUCCACCGAUCAGAAGAAAAGAAAACAAUGAAACCAGCCAAGGGCAAGCGUAACUUCAAAGCCAAGACCAAGGGUAACAAUGCCACUAACUUCACAGCCAAGAAACCUAAAGCAGGCAAAGGACAGAGGAAUCCUAGUAAAAAGGCUGGCGGUAGGAAGAGAAGAUAAACUUUGUGAUAAUUGUAAACUGACUUUGUAAUACUUUAAGACCCAGUUGCACCAUUUGUAUAUAACAAUAACCACGUUAUAAGCAACCGUCUAAUUGCCGCCCAUUGGGCGAUUUGACAACUGAAAAUUAGAAUAGAGUUGAAUAUUCUAAAUCAUAGCUCGGUGUUUCAAAUAGCCAAUUCGCCAUGUUGGGUCUGAGCCACGUUUUUAUCGUAUUCCUGACAGCAAACCCUUUCAUUUGAUACCCAUAUCAAGGGAGUGGAUUUUAAACAGCCAGUCCGCCAUCAUGGAUUUGUAAUGACGUUUCUUAGCUAGUCGUGUAUUGUCAUCAGAACUCAUAGUGUGUGCAAAAUUGCAUUCUCAUCAAAAACAAAGACCAGGAAGUGGGUCAAAUUAAGAUUCCAUUGCAUUCGCUUGUAUUAAAAUAUUAUGUUAAAAUGGUUUGGUUAUCAUUAUAGUUAAAUGGUGCAACUCACAGUAAAAGUUCUAGAAUAUACUUGCAUACUUUAAGUGGUUUUUAACAUAACUCCUCCUGAUUUAUAUUAUUACAGGAAGUGUUGUCUCUACUUCUUAUUUAAGUUAUUUUAGUACACGUGCAUUGUACAAGCAAAUGUUUUUCUGAUACAAGAUUUAGGAUAAACCAAAAACAGGUGAAUAAAUAAUUAUUAUUCUACUAUGUAUAAAUUCAGAAAUACUCCAAGAAACAGCUUAGUUAGGACUUAGCAAUUCCUGGAGCUCCGCCUUUUCUUGCAAUGUAAUUACUUUUUAUGAAUAUGUUCCAUAGAUUGUAAAGGGUUGAAAUAAUAAACAAGUUAACCUUUUUAAAA